AUGAGUAGAAAACUAAAAGGGAAGAUUGGUUACAAAAAACUGAGAACAACUUUAUUGAAUCAUAUUUCCAAAAAGCAAGCAUUGAAGAAAAGAAAGCAAAAAAUUGCCCAUAAAACAAAGCCAGUUAUAAAUUCGAAGGUUAAAAAGAAUCAACAAAAGCAGAAAGAACAUGAAACGAAGUUCAUUCCAAUCAGUAAAAAUGAAACACUACUACUAGUCGGUGAAGGUAACUUCUCAUUUGCUAGAUCUUUGAUUGAACAAGAUUAUAUAUUGCCUGAAAACCUAAUUGUUACAAGUUAUGAUGCAUCUGUUCAAGAACUAAAGUUAAAAUAUCCGCAUACGUUUGAAGAAAACUAUAAGUUUUUAGUCGAAGAGAAGGUUUUAAUAUUUUUCCAUAUUGACUGUACAAACCUUAUAAAAUCAUUUAAGAUAUCUAAAAAGAACACUUGGAAAAAAAUUAUGCAAACAAAGGGUAAUAUUUCAAUAAGCGGUAAAGUUAUUCAAAACAUAAUGUUUAAUUUUCCUCAUAAUGGUAAAGGUAUCAAGGAUAUGGACAAAAACAUUAGAGAUCAUCAAGAGUUAAUAUCUGCUUACUUUAAAAAUUGUAAAGACUUCUUUAAAAUGAUUAAUUCAACGAUAACAGAUGCUAAGACCAAGUAUACACAAGGAUAUUCUCUAGAUGAACGUAAAAACGAUGGAAGAUUGGUGGAUGGCGUAUCUGAGAGUGGUAUCGGUAAAGUUAUAUUAACCAUGUUCACUGGUGAACCAUAUGAUUUAUGGGAAGUGAGAGCUUUAGCAAAGCAAACUGGGUUUCAAGUGGAAAAAUCUAAUAAAUUUCAAUGGGAAAACUAUCCAGAGUAUCAUCACAAAAGAACCAAUAGUGAACAAGACACUACUAAACCAGCUCAAGAAAGAGAAGCCCGUACAUAUGUAUUCAAAAUAUUUGAGAACUCUAAGAAGAACAAAAGAUCUCAAAAAAAUAAUGAUGAUGAUGAUAAAGACAUGGAUUGA